AUGACUGACACUAAUUCCUCAUCUUAUGAAUCAUCGGACACGGAACAAAAUAAGACGACCCAGGCAAGGACCAUUGACACGAGAUGCCGAACUGGCAAAGGCCAGAUAACGGCAAGGAGGGAGGGGCUUCGGAGCGCGAAGUCCCUAGUGAAGAAAAGGGCGGAAGAGAUCGAGGACAGUGACCGAUCCCGAUCGCCGCUCAAGGUCGAUGAUUCGACGCCCUUUGCCACCUCCAAGGAGGAGGACUCGGACGAUGGCGUGAAGACUGCCCACAAGAAGGAAGGGAAGUGGGAGAUCCCCAGGGACGAGGAUGGGAACACCGACGAAGAACGCCUCGUGGAGAAGGCCAUCAAAGGCAGGGGCAGGCCGGAGACAACAGGGGGAUACCGGCUCAAAAAGGAAUUCCUGGCCAGAAAGCAGGUCAUCCUGGAACAGAGGAGGGAAGAAUUCCUGCUGAAGGGCAUGGAAAACCCAUGCGAAGAGUUCCAGGAUUGUACUUCGAAUAGGAAGUACAAGGCCGAAAUCAAAAGACUUACCGAACAUCUUGAGGAGGCCCCCUUCCGGGACGUCACGGCGACGAUCCUCGAAGCGUCGACAAAAGUUCUAGGAUUCUCGCAGAAAUCUAAGAGUUUAAAGGGUACCCAUGUUAAGGUACUCAGAGACGCCGCAGCUGCCAUAACUGCAGGAGCCAACAUAAUGGCAAUGCAAAUGGCGCAAGAUAGAUGCGGGAAUAACUUGGACCUCAUAGAAGAACUGAGGACAGAGAAUGCCAACUUAAAGACGUCGCUGACAGAGGUGAGGAAGGAGCUGGAGGAGGUAAAACAGAUGCUCCGAGGUAUAAGGGAGGCACCGCCGCAUACAGCAGUGGUAUCCUCCCCGCCCUCAAAACACCCGGGAAGUGUGGGUCAGGGUACGGAGAAGGCACCGCAACAAAGGACGGGUGCUCCCUCGUCCCUGAUGCGUAUGAAGAAGGAAGAAAGGGCGAUCACCCCACCUAUGGUGGACAUGGUGGAGGAGGAGGAGGAGAUUCCGAUUGGGAUUAUAGAAAUCCCAAAAGGAUUAAUCCCAAAGGACGGGAAACGCCCGGUAAAGGAAGCCAGGGUCGCAAGAAAAGAAGUAGGUCCCAAGAUUAGGGAAAAUGUCCCCCUAAAUACUAGAGUCAGGGUGGAAAGGAGGGAGGAAACAAUGAAAGAAGGAAAGAAGGGACUGGGAGAGGAAGUUUCGAGAAUAGUGUUCCAGGCCAUGAAUGAAUGGAAGUCACAGGAAACUUCCAAACAAGGAGCAUGGAAAAAACAAGGGAAUAAAGGGAAAGGAGAGGUAAAAGAAAUGGAAGAACAAGGAAGGACACAAUACCGGGAAAACACAUACAGGAAAGAGUUCCCUCAACUUCCACCCACAAGGCAGCAAAAAAAGGAGCAAGCACAACAGGGCAAGGAGGAGACACCUAUACCACAAGAAGUGUGGACGAAAGUGGUGGGUAGAAGAGAAAAGAAGAGGGAGAAGGAAGAACAGAGGAGGAAAGAAACAGUAAUAAAAAAGGUGGUAAUUCCCGAAAAGAAGGGGGGAAAAAAGAAUAAGAGAAGAGUCCCUAACACGGCGGCAGUGACAAUCACCGCCGAGAAAGGACAGUACAAGGACCUACUAGCGGAAGCAAAAAGGAGGAUAGACCUAGAGGGAAUAGGUAUCGAAAAGAUAAAGACUAGAGUAGGGGCCACAGGAGCACUGGUGUUUGAGAUACCCGGUGAGGAAAGGAACAAACAAGCGGACCUAUUGGCGGAUAAACUCAAGGAGGUCCUGACGGAUAGGGCAAGAGUGAGUAGACCGCAGAAAAUGGGGGAACUAAGGCUAAAAGGGCUGGAGAUAUCCACCUCUGAGAAGGAAGUAGUGGAGGCAGUAGCAAAGAACAAUAUGGGUACAGUGCCCCCUAGCGGCGGCCAAGAGGGUGGCAGAGGCGGGGAAUAUCAAAAUUGGGUGGACCCUAACCAAAGCGGAGCUGCUACAGGCAAGAGCACUACAAUGCUACAAAUGCCUAGAGAAAGGGCAUGUACAAGUAAACUGCAAAAGUAG